AGUUUCAAAUUCAGCUACCCAUGGGAGUGAGGACCCUGUAAGCAGAUCCACAGGAGUUGUCUACAUAACUGUCUACUACUCACAUUGCCUUUUUUUUUUUCUUUCUCAGAGACCCGCCUCCCUUGCACAGCAGGAAUGUGGAAUGCACCUGAACUGGAUCCUGCAUGAGGAAGAAUGACUGCUGAAAGUCGCCAACCCACCUGUUCCGGGACAGAAGUUUCCCCAGCAGGUUCGAGAAAAAUCAUUAUCCAUUAAUACUAGUCCUCUACAACUGUGGCGUAGUUUGAAACUUAAAGCAGCUCCUGUACAAACCAUGGAAGAGUGCUGCCUUUCUGCUCAGGAAGCAGAGAGACUCAGGAUACACAGAGAAAUAGAGAGACAACUUCGACGUGACAAAAGAGAUUCUCACCGGGAGUUGAAGCUGCUGCUGUUAGGAACUGGUGAAAGUGGGAAGAGCACUUUCAUCAAACAGAUGAGGAUCAUCCACGGCAAUGGAUACAGUGAAGCUGACCGAAAAGGUUUCACUCGGCUGGUGUUUCAGAACAUCGUCACAGCCAUUAAGGCGCUGGUCCACGCCAUGGAGACUCUACAGAUCGACUACAUCGAUGAUCAGAACAUUAGCCACGCACAGAAGCUGAGCCAAGUGGAGGCAGACCAGGUGUCCACUUUGGAAGCUUGGCAGGCGGAUGCCAUUAAGAGAGUGUGGAAUGACCAUGGUGUUCAAAGGUGCUACGACCGCAGAAGGGAAUUCCAAUUGUCUGACUCUGCCAAAUACUACCUGAGCGACUUGAACAGAAUCACUGCCCCGUCAUACAUCCCCACCCUUCAGGACAUCUUAAGGGUCAGAGUCCCCACCACAGGCAUCAUAGAGUACCCCUUCGACCUUCAAAAAGUUAUCUUCAGGAUGGUGGAUGUGGGUGGUCAGCGUUCAGAGAGGAGGAAAUGGAUCCACUGUUUUGAGAACGUCACCUCCAUCAUAUUUCUGGCGGCCCUCAGCGAGUACGAUCAAGUCCUCUACGAGAGUGUGAAGGAUAAUCGACUCAGUGAGAGUCUCGCCUUGUUCAAGACCAUCCUCUCGUACAAAUGGUUCCAAGAGUCCUCCACCAUCCUCUUCCUGAACAAAACAGACUUGCUAGAGGAGAAAAUCGCACAGUCUGACUUGGCAACCUACUUCCCAGCGUAUACUGGGCCUCGGUGCAACAGCGAGUCUGCGAAAAAGUUCAUCUUGCAAAUGUACAAGGAUCAGCACGGCGAUCGCCAGAAACCCCUUUACACACACUUCACCUGUGCCACGGACACGGAGAACAUCCGGGUCGUCUUCAGAGCGGUCAAAGAUACACUCUUCGUCGAUAACCUUCAUAACUUCAACCUUGAAUAAGGAGGAUGUAGGACAGAGCGAUGUUGUUUGUUACAUGUAGUUGGUUAUGCAGUCACAUGUUGUAACACUUUAUGGACAUUUUAUCUGUUGGGUGCUGUCGCUCGCAGCCUUUUCAACAUCAAAGAGCGAGGCAGUCUGACGGCGGGGUCAGGUAAUUCACAUUUAUCUCUGCACUGUAAAACACAGACGGUGUGUCUGCUACAGGAGACAAAUGGACAACUGCAAUUAAUUAUUGUACAGAUCUGUUGCAUAUGGGUUCCUGUUCUACAAUAACUGUCAAAUUGAUCAAUGGUGUCAAACAGGUUUGACAAAGACUUACCUUCUAAGUAUGCAACAGCUCUAGGAGGAGGAAAUAAAAGAACAAUCUGCAAGGAACUAAUUUGCUUUAGGUUAUAGUCUUCCGAUGUCGUUAUGUGUGCAGCAACAACCACAUCAUCUGACAUUAUUCUUUUUUUUUUUUCCACUAACUUUCACUAACCUCAAAAUAUAGAUAUUAAAGCCUUUAAUAUGUGUUUGUAUCAAACUGGA